AUGACAGAAAAUGGGCUUUGCCAAACUAGGCCACGGGCCCAUAAAAACACCCUUGUUGGGCAGUUGGAAGAUCUCACUGCUAAGUAAGAAGAAGAACCCUUCAAUCAUCUCCACCUCCUUCAACCCUACCGCACCUACCGCACCCAAACAACCAAUCAGAGCAUUUGCAGCAAUGGUGAAAGCAAUCAGAGUCCAUGAGCUUGGUGGGCCAGAGGUCUUGAAGUGGGAGGACGUGGAAAUAGGAGAGCCCAAGGAAGGAGAGAUCCGUGUGAAAAACAAAGCGAUUGGGCUCAAUUUCAUUGAUGUAUAUUUCCGCACAGGGGUGUAUAAAACAGCUUUGCCUUUCAUUCCAGGCCGUGAGGCAGUUGGAGUGGUGACAGCUGUGGGACCUGGACUGACUGGCAUGAAAGUGGGGGAUGUCGUUGGUUAUGCGGGAAGCCCAAUGGGAUCUUACACUCAAGAACAGAUCCUUCCUGCAAGUGUUGCGGUGCCCGUUCCACCUUCUAUCGAUCCAAUUGUUGCAGCAUCCAGCAUGCUUAAGGGUAUGACAGCACAGUUCCUUGUUCGCCGAUGUUUCAAGGUUGAACCCGAGCACACUGUCCUUGUCCAUGCAGCAGCUGGAGGCGUUGGGUCUCUACUCUGCCAGUGGGCACGUGCUCUUGGUGCCACUGUCAUUGGAACAGUGUCAACCGAAGCCAAAGCAGCUCAAGCGGCUGAGGAUGGAUGCCACCAUGUCAUAAUCUAUAACAAAGAGGACUUCGUCAGCAAGGUUGAUGAGAUCACAUCCAGUGAAGGAGUCAACGUCGUCUAUGAUUCUGUUGGGAAAGACACAUUCCAGGGAUCGUUGGCAUGCUUGAAGACUCGCGGGUACAUGGUGAGCUUCGGGCAGUCAUCUGGUUUGCCAGAUCCAGUUCCAUUGUCAGCCCUUGCCGCCAAAUCCUUGUUCCUGACGAGGCCCUCACUCAUGCAAUACAAUGUUACUCGAAACGAGCUGCUGAAAGCUGCCGGAGAAGUGUUUGCCGGCAUUGCAUCAGGUAUGCUGAAGGUCCAUGUUAACCACACGUACCCUCUGUCUCAAGCUGCGCAGGCCCAUGCAGACCUCGAGGCAAGGAAAACGACCGGUUCCGUGGUAUUGAUACCAGAUUCUGACUAAUAUAUAUUGCAAACCCAAGGCACUCAGAAGAAACUAAAAUGGUCUUUUACCGCCAAAUAAGUUAUUUUUUCUACAUAAGUGACUUAUUUCAGAUAAGUUUGGUUUAUGAUUAGUUAUAAGUAACUUUUUUACUUAAAAUUGUUAAAAUUACUUAAUCACUUCAGUUAAUUUUUUUUAGCUUUUC